GCGUAGCGCGUCCGCUGCGCUGGAUCGCGCUGGUGGUUGACGGAGAAAGGAGGGGGCUCGCUUUCCAUAUGGCUCGCCCUCUCUUCCGUCAGAUCACACGGUAGUACACGCGAUCGGACGAGGACUGGCGGCGACUGCAGCCGGGGUGAGUCCAAACUGCUCAGCGUGUUCUUCACGGACCCAGAUGGAUCAGAGGGGUCGCAGAUCUUGACUCCAGGGCACAGAGUAGGAUUUGGACAGUGUUUGGUGGAGUGUUCGGGGACUUGUUGAUGGAUGUUCGGGAGACCACAGCAGGCGAUUCGCGCUUCGCUGUCAUCAACCCACCCGCCUCUCCAGAGGGCCGAUAGUGAUUUAAAGUUGUGGGCUUCGAUCCGCCUGAUGGAUGACUUUGGCCCAGCCGAUAGCUCCGUCACAUUAUAGGGAUGGUGAUACAGCCUUGUGCCGCGUGCGCGCACACACAUAAAGUGAAAGAGGAGAAGAAACCACAAGGAUCCCCACAUGGGAGCAGCAUUGCUGUCAGAACCACUCUCAUCUGAGAAAAUCUUCCUAAAGACUACUUGGAACCACUCCCAUGGCUUCAAACGCAGACUUCUAAAUCCACAGAGCUAAAAAAACAGACAAACAACACAAUCACUAGCAAAUAUAAGUGGAGCACUUUAAAAAAAACACAGCUGGACAGUGGAAGGGUUGUAUGGGGGCCAAAUCCCUAUCAAAGACAUCCUACAUCUCUUCAGUCCAUAGCUGCCUCCUUCCUUCUACUUCUCAUCCCGUCUCAUCCUGCUUUGCCUUUCUCCCAUUCUCCAUCUUUCUCUCUCAUGGGAGUGACAUAGAAGUUGUCGCUUGGUUUCUGCCCCGCCCCUUCUCUGCAUUCCUGUGGAAACAGGGACGUCCAGGUAGUGAUGUCGUGGAAGAGGAACUACUUUGCCUCGGGUGGCGGAGCGGCUGGUGGGGUACAGGGGCUGGUGACCCCGAGAACCAUGACCUCCAUCGCGCCCAGCAAAGGCCUUAGCAACGAGCCGGGACAAAACAGCUGCUUCCUCAACAGCGCUCUGCAGGUUUUGUGGCAUCUUGACAUCUUCAGGAGAAGCUUUCGGCAGCUGACCACUCACAAGUGCAUGGAGGACUCAUGUAUCUUCUGUGCUCUCAAGAGUAUCUUUGCUCAGUUCCAGUUCAGCAGCGAGCGCGUUCUGCCGUCGGACGCACUGCGAAGUGCUCUGGCCAAGACUUUCCAAGACGAACAGCGGUUUCAGCUGGGCAUCAUGGAUGACGCUGCCGAGUGUUUUGAGAAUCUGCUGAUGCGUAUCCACUUCCACAUCAGCGCGGAGAGCAGGGAGGACAUCUGUACAGCCAAACACUGCAUACCACACCAGAAGUUUGCAAUGACUCUGUUCGAACAGUGUGUCUGCAGCAGCUGUGGAGCCUCAUCGGACCCCCUGCCCUUCAUUCAGAUGGUUCAUUACAUCUCCACCACGUCCCUCUGUAACCAGGCAGUGAGGAUGCUAGAGUGCAGAGAGAAACCCACACCGGACAUGUUUGGAGAGCUGCUCCGCAACGCCAGCAACAUGGGAGAUCUGCGCAACUGCCCCAGUAACUGUGGGGAGGUGCUGCGUAUCCACCGGGUGCUGAUGAACUCACCAGAAAUCGUGUCCAUCGGGCUGGUGUGGGACUCGGACCACUCUGACCUAGCAGAGGACGUCAUCCACAGCCUGGGAACAUGCCUCCGUCUGGGAGAUUUGUUCUACCGUGUGACAGAGGAAAGGGCUCGCCAGGCAGAGCUCUAUUUGGUGGGCAUGGUGUGCUACUACGGCAAGCACUACUCCACCUUCUUCUUCCAGACCAAGAUACGCAAGUGGAUGUACUUUGACGACGCGCAUGUCAAAGAGAUUGGCCCAAAGUGGAAGGACGUAGUGUCUCGCUGUAUUAAAGGCCACUACCAGCCCCUGCUGCUGCUCUACGCUGACCCCCGUGGGACGCCUGUGAUACUGCAGGAGAGCCCCAACCCUUGUACUGGCUCCAACCCACAGCUGGAGCUCCAGCACUGCAGCAGCAAGGCUGGUUACGACAGUGAGGACUCAGGUCGGGAGCCAUCUAUAUCCAGCGACACUCGCACCGACUCCUCGACUGACAGUUCGAGCCACCACACGUCCCGCAGCCGACCACUGCACCAGUCCACAGGCAGCCGGCUCUCCAGUGAAUCCCAGACCACAGUGGUCUGUAACUACGACAUUGGCACACCGCCACUCGGUGCUGACGCUGGAGAGUCAGCAGUGGAGGCUCCAACCCACCACCCCUCCCCUCCCCUUCAGGAGUUCAAGGAGACGGCAGUCUUCCUCCUGUCUUCACGCAGGCCCCUCACCUCCUCCUCCUCCUCCUCCCGCCCUCUUUCGUCCUCAUCUUCAUCAGGAGUUGGAGGCUGCGAGGGCGGGGCUGGGGGGCCCCACUGGGAGGAUGAAAGCACGAGCAGUGAGAGCAAGUCCAGUUCUUCUGGAAGUCGUUACCGGCCAACCUGGAGGCCCAGGAGAGAGGCCUUGAACAUCGACAGCAUCUUCACCAGACAAAGAGACUCACCUCUGGGCUACGCCACUGCACCCGGCCCCUCUCUCCCUCCUGAUCCCCACGAGCCCCUCCCCUUUGUGGGACCUGUCACACAACCAGGACUGGAAGACGUGGCAGGGAGGGAGACUGGGGAGGUCGGCUUUGGGCUGGUUGGACAGCCCAGGUCUUUAAGCAGUGGACGGACUAUGGGUCCUCCUGCUCCUCCACCUCUGAGAGGGGUGGAGCACCAGCCACGUCUGAUCCAGAGAAUGGAAAGUGGCUACGAAAGCAGUGAGAGGAACAGCAGCAGCCCUGACAGGGAGGUGGGGCAACAAAAACGGAUGUUGAUGUCUGGACCUUCAUGGCGUUCAGUGCCUAAAUCGAAAAGCAGUGGCGCUAUCGCGCAGGAGCUGCCACACCCCUGCUGGGUCAGCAUCUCUGACACAGGCUCUAGGCGCAGUGAGCUAGAUGAGCUACAGGAAGAGGUGGUGAGGAGAGCCAGCCAACAGGAGCAGCAGAAGCGGAAGGAUGCUGAGCGGGAGGCAGCCAUGGGAUUUAACCCCAGACCCAGCAAGUUCAUGGACCUAGACCAGCUUCAACACCAGGCUGUGCUCAGACCCCUGCAUGAGGCUAACGCUCAUAGCGGAUUGGCUGUAGCUGUGUGCAUGAGGAGCACUGGGGGCCCAAUCAAACACAAGCAGGAACAAGCAACGGAACAGGACACGGGAAACGCGCACGCACAGGGGCCUCUCAGUGAACAGCCUGGCUCGGUCCAAGUACUGCUGACGCCCAAUCAGGAGGAGAAGGAGGAGGAGGAGAACGAUGACGAGUCAAAGACCAGCCGGGACCCUGCUCAGGGUCAGAACCCACCCCCGCCUCCUCCACCUUACCGCCCCUCUCUCACUCGACCCACACUCACUCUCAGUAUUAGUCACCCCUGCGGCCCGUCCGGCCAAGGGGAGGAGGUGGAGGGCAGGCGCGCUAGGAAGCGAGGUGAGGAGGGUGAGGAUGGGAGCGAGGGGACAGGGGUGCGGCUGGGCGAGUUGCUUCAGGCUGGAGGGGUGAGUGUCAGACCCCUGGGGAAGCAUUUAGCCAUUUCUCUACCCUCACUUCCUCUUCGUCUCUGGGAUACACACACAGCACACGACUCACACCCCACACACAACCCCCCUCCACCCUGUUCUCCUCCCCAGUCACCUCCUCCAGAAACUUACGGGCAAAGGAAACACCUCACGCCACUCUGGCAGCCACCCCAGCCACAUUCCCCCGAUGUGGGGUCUCCCUGUUGGCAACAACACGCAGUCCUUGAAGAUGGAAGUAUGCGUCACUGGUCCUCCUGGAGUCUGGACCGUCCGGACGCCGUAGUAACGCCGUACAACACGCCCCCGGACCGGUGCUUUCCCAUCAGGCCACAGAAUCCUGGUCAGAGCUGCAGCUACAGUUGUCAGUCUUCUCCAGGGCACUUCAGCUCCCAGCAUGCCCCAGGGCAUCAUGGCGAUCUCUGCUGUGACCGUGAAGAGGCUGAGCUGUCUGAGCUGGACUCCCUUUACCAGGCCAGUCUGCAGGCUGGAAGAACAGGCUGCAGCCCAUCUGAGAGGCUGAUAUCCAGGAUGGGAGGGCAGACUCGCUCCAAGACACCCAACGCAGACAUGGAGAGGAGUGUGUACGGGGCGAAUAACACCAGCACCCCCCCCAACAAGCCAGUGAUGUUGCGGGGUCCACGUUUGGGGGUCGAGCCUGAUGAUGGGGAGAACCAGAGGCGAAUCGGACGCAGCCUGAGUGGCACGGUGGUGACCUCCCGCCGCAGCCGCCUCACUGCAACCCGCAGCUUUGAGCUGUCGGGCAGUGCUGGAAGUUUCUGGCUGUGUCUGACGGGGGUAAAGCUGUCCUCGGACCAGAGCCCUGCUCUACUUCACUGAUAUCCUGACCCGCCUUCAUCUGUAACCUUACCACGGGGCAGCGGUGCUGUGGUCCCGGCGGUGUCACCUUGACGAACCUAGGAUCGGCUCAGGACCAUCUUCUCAACAGCCGUCCUGCUCCAGCACCUUCUCCUUCAAAACCUUAUAUACAAACACAUGCACGCACACAUCUGCACUGACGUCGAGCCUCCCUCCGCGCCUGAGGCAUCCCGCUUUAGCCCCCACUUGCCUUCCCUUCCUACUUAUUCUGUCUAUGCAGUCACUCUGACCCCUUAAACUACAACCUCCCUUUCUUUCCCGGGACUGUUUCUCGUCUCCCUGUGGGUUUUUUUUAGGAGGAUUCCCUGUGCAGAUGGCCCGCUCCAGCUGGGACCGGAGCUUUCUGCAAACAUCCUCCACCCCAACAGGACCUUCAGCUCAAUGGGAGACUCUAACCAAGUAGCCACGCCUCUUCCUCUUUCUUCAUGGGCAUUCUCCCGUUGGACGCACAUGUAGCUGAACUGACAGCCAUAUUUUUGCUCUCUCUUUCUUGCCGAGUUUCUUUGAGGUUUUUGUUUUUGUUUUCCCUCCUGAGACUGAACUCUGAUAACUAAACAUGUACAGAAAAACACAUGUAUGAAACCUGUAUGUUCAUUAAUAAGACCUUGUGGAAUGUUGAUAAUUAACAAAUAUUGAUAAACUAAAAUUGGUACUUCCUCAUGUCUGCAUUUCAAAUAGCAGUGGAGUGCACUUCACAAGUGUCUAGCUGGAGUUUCUGCCCCAAGACCCCCCAAGCCCACCCCCUGUCCUAAAAAAAAAAACUGCUCGCUGACUUAAUGAUGGCUCUCCCGCUUCUACUGGGAGAUUUUAUGAGAAAAGCACUUCCUGUUACUUUUGUCUAUUCUUUCUUUAGCUUUUCUCUGUUUUGAAAGAGAAGCGGUAGCACCACAACCACGCCGGCAGGAUGAGGAGAAUCGAGAAAGGAAGACGUGAGAGAGGAAUCUAGGUUAGGAAACCCGCCUCUUACAUGUCUUUAUCAAUGAACGUGGAUGACUUAAGUGCACUUUGCAGGAAAGAAGUGCACUUUUCAGGCUGUUGGAGAGAGAGAAGUCCUUUUGGUUUUGUUUUACUUCAAGGCCUCAGGCGAACUUCAGUGGCACUUUUAAAUUCCCACUUCUAUGAUUUCCGACGUUGGUUUCAAAACCCAGAUGGGAGCAAAAAUGGCACAUCUUCAGCCUGAUACAGUAUCGUGUCUGAUAUAAAUAUGCUUUAUAUGAUAAAUAUGUAUUAGAGGUAUAUUUUCAGCCAGUGAGCUAUCUUCAGAGAUGUCAAUCAUUACUCUGUGGUAUGAACACUUAAUCCCUUCCCCUUACAUGUGUAGAGUCAAUUUAUUAUAUGCUUUAAUAUAUAUAUAUAUAUAUAUAUAUAUAGAUGAUGAAAGCCCUUGUAAAUCAACUGGCCGAUGUGAAGUUUAGCAAGAAAUCACUAACUUUGAUUGAUCAUUGUAACAAAAACCAAAGGUUGGCACUUAGCUUGUUCUUUUCAUCCUUCAUUUAGGUUGUUGUUGAUGUUUAUUUGUUUGAGUUGUGGAUGUGGGAGAAUGUAGCCAAUUGUAGCGCAUGAGUCCGCUAUGCAAAUCGACCUUCCCUCACAGUCCUGUGUCAGAGACAGUCCGGAGGCAGACACACCCACUCAGCCACCCACAGGGGGCGCUCACAUGGAGGAGGACGAUGAGGAGGAGAACUCAUGUUUUAAUGCUGCUGGUGACCUUUGUUGUUCUGCGUCAACUUGCUAAGUUUCAGCUGAUGGGAUGCAAAAAAAACCCAAAGCAACGAGUUGGCAGUGGGGAUGAGAGCGAAUGAAUGUAAGCUAAAACGCGUGUCAAUGAUUGACUGGUAGGAGAUGGAGGAGGGUGGACAGCUGCUGGAAAUGGCUUUUUACGUGGGUAUAUGUAGACUGUGUCAGUUUUGGGGGUAAUGUUGCUUGGGGAAAGAGGGAUCCUGUAUUUUUGCAAUAAAGUUAUUAUCAAUGCACUCCCACAGGGGGCGUAAUCAC